UCAUGGGCGCCGACGUGAUGUCGAUGGUAUCUGUUGCUAAUAUUAAUAUAAUGCUAUGAAACUCGUAUAUACCUUGGAGUAUUGGCAUUCAGUAGCGUCUUCCCAGAGAGAAAGUUCUAUCAAGUGGACUUUACUUAAAGGAAAAUGCACGUCCUCACGGCUUUUGUUCUAAUCACGUUUCAUGUCGCCUGCUAUGCUGGUCCAUUGCCGGCGGAACUCAGAGUGAGACGUCAAGUGGAGCUUGCGGUCCCUACACUACCAAUAUGUACCCCUGCUCAACUUAACGAGCUAAAUAGCUGUGAAUCUUAUGUGGAAUUCGGGUUCUGCGAGCCAGAUUCCUUGUUUUUUAGCUUUGCACUUCAGAAUUGCUUUUUCUCCUGUGGAUUUUGUCAACGUCCACCGACCACUUCACCACCGACCACUGCUCCACCAAUAUGCCUUGCAGACACAUUGGAGAGCUGCGAGGCCUAUCUGGCCUUGGGUCUCUGUGGGCCUGACAGCUUUCUUCGUGACUUUUUAGCCGUAAACUGCAACGCAACAUGUGGAAAUUGUAUUCCUACAACAACCAUGCCACCAACGACGACUGAGGCUACCACUACCAUCGCACUAACUACUGAGGCUACCACGACCAUGGCACCAACGACUGAGGCUACCACGACCAUGGCACCGACGACUGAGGCUACCACGACCAUGGCAUCAACGACUGAGGCUACCACGACCAUGGCACCGACGACUGAGGCUACCACGACCAUGGCAUCAACGACUGAGGCUACCACGACCAUGGCAUCAACGACUGAGGCUACCACGACCAUGGCACCGACGACUGAGGCUACCACGACCAUGGCACCGACGACUGAGGCUACCACGACCAUGGCACCGACGACUGAGGCUACCACGACCAUGGCACCGACGACUGAGGCUACCACGACCAUGGCACUGACGACUGAGGCUACCACGACCAUGGCACCGACGACUGAGGCUACCACGACCAUGGCACCGACGACUGAGGCUACCACGACCAUGGCACCGACGACUGAGGCUACCACGACCAUGGCACCAACGACUGAGGCUACCACGACCAUGGCACCAACGACUGAGGCUACCACGACCAUGGCACCGACGACUGAGGCUACCACGACCAUGGCUCCAACGACUGAGGCUACCACGACCAUGGAAGCAACGACUGAGGCUAACACGACCAUGGAACCAACGACUGAGGCUAACACGACCAUGGAACCAACGACUGAGGCUAACACGACCAUGGCACCAACGACGGAGGCCACUACAACCAUGGCACCAACGACUGAGGCCACCACGACCAUGGAAGCAACGACUGAGGCUAACACGACCAUGGAACCAACGACUGAGGCUAACACGACCAUGGCACCAACGACGGAGGCUACCACAACCAUGGCACCAACGACGGAGGCUACCACGACCAUGGAAGCAACGACGGAGGCUGCGACAACUGUUGCAGAGGAUGCCUGUCUGCAAGCUCAUAAUGACAAGCGUGCUCUUCAUGGGACAUCAGCGCUGAUCUGGAAUUCUACGCUAGCUCAACAUGCGCAAGAAUGGGCAGAAUACUUGGUGUCAAUUAAUGAUUUGCAGCACGAGCGAAAUAUAGAUGAGGGGGAAAAUCUGUACGCAUCCGUUUCACAAGUUCAAGGCACGUGUGCACAAGCUGUAGAAUCAUGGUACAGUGAGGUGUCUCUCUAUGACUUUCAGAAUCCACCCACAACGCCCCAGGAAUUUUUCGACAUGGGAGCUGGUCACUUCACUCAGGUUGUUUGGAAUGCGACCACAAGUGUCGGAGCGGGCCUUGCCACCAUAGGGCCGGAUGCAUCGGGCGCAAUUCAAACCUAUAUAGUGGCUCGGUAUUAUCCACAGGGGAACAUUCUCGGAGUGUUUGGUCAGAAUGUUUUUGAACCAGUGGGACCUUGAAUAUGAAAACCGCCAAAACCAGUGGACUGCCAUGAUUGCAUUUCCAAAUCUCGGCAAGAAGGAAAAAGAAUGCUUCCUUCGGAGAAUUUACAUCUCUUUUCUAAAUUCAUUUCAAUUCAGUUUAAAAUGUUUAGUCCUACAAUGAAAGUGAUUUCUUUACGAUAUUUCAAAAUGCUUUAGCUGAGGAAGAGUCAGGUGAUAAAUUAUCACGUUUUGUCAUCCAUGGUUUUAGUGACAGGGCAGGAAAACUAAAUGAAACAUUUGUCAAUUAGAAGAUACAUCUCUGUUUUCUGCGAGAAAAUAAAUAAACUUGGCGUGUCGUUAUUAUCCUUC